AUGAAUCUCAACUAAGAAAAUCCUCACACUUUAAUCGUCAAUCUAAUUAACAAUUAAGCUAUAACAAAUAAAAAUUAAGAAUUAAAUAUAAACAAAAUCAUUGAAAAUCUUUUAAAAUAAACUCUUAAUCUAAGUUAUGAUGGACCUACAUAUUGCUAACUUACAGGUUAGUUUAUAGGAAACAAGAAAUUGAUAAAGCUGAAAGUUAAUAAAGAUUUACAUGUUAAUGUGCUUGAUUAAAGUCUUAUAGAUUUAAUACAAAAUCAUUGUUUUAUUGAUGGAAGAUUUGAAAGAUGCUUUUCAACUAUAAAUAAUGUAUAGUUUAUUAUGACAUUUGAAUAAAAGACAGAAUUUAGUAAUCCUACAAGUUUGGAAAUCACAGACGAUAUUUUGAAAUUGGUAUAUGGAGAAGAGAGGUUCAUUUAAAUGAUGGAAGAGUAUAUAAUUUAUAAAAUUUUAGAAUUUAAGAAUUUUAUUAACUAAAUCAGAACUUUUAGGAUAGCUUAACCUAAAAUUAAUUAGUUUAAUGUCCUAAGACGUAAAAAUAUAUAUUAUUCAAUGAUGGGUUUAAUAUACAAGGCAAAAUGUAUAGUUUAGAAGGAGCAUUGACAUUUUUAAAUCAGGAUUAAGGAAAGUUAUUUGAUCAUCAAAAACAUUUCUUACAAUAAUAUUAGGGAUAUUGAAUUUUUGAAUUGAUAAUUGAGAAAUUUUUUUAAU